ACUGUAUAAUUCAUCACACUGCAUUCCAUCUAUAGGCACCGAACCCUCUGAGGACAGCGCCUGCCUCUGGCUUGUUCGUCGCAGAGUCUCCAGCACCUAGGACAGGGCCUGGCGCGAAGUAGGUGCGCAGCGAAUAGAGACUGCGGGAGAGAACGGACGCUUGCGGGCGGUUGUCCUUUGGAAAGCAGCGCUAAGUGGCGGAGAACCCGUGGUUUCUCUGUUGGGGAAGGGCUUGGCGGACCCGCUCGAUGUUAAGGUGGGGAACGCCAAGCUCACCUCUUCACCCAGCCUAGCCUACACCACAGUACGCGGCGCUCCGCCCCUUCCGGCCCGGCGAAACCGGAAGUAGAGGCGAGGGUUUCCCAUGAGGCUUCGCGGGGCGCCUAUUCAAACUGCUCGGAGAGGAGGGAGGAGGUCGUGAUGGCGGCCCCGGAGCCGGAAGUGCAGUCUCCGGUCGCAGUCUCUGAUUUGGAGUGGUGUGAGAAGUCCGAGGAAACCCACGACCCCCAGAUAGAACUACUUGAGACUACUUCUGCCCAAGAACCUCCCAACCCUUCGGAGCCCUUUCGUCCCAGAGACUGCAUGGUGCCAGUGGUGUUUCCUGGGCCUGUGAGCCAGGAAGGCUGCUGUCGGUUUACUUGUGAACUUCUAAAGCAUAUCAUGUACCAACGCCAGCAACUCCCUCUGCCCUAUGAACAGCUUAAGCACUUCUACCGAAAACCUUCUCCCCAGGCAGAGGACAUGGUGAAGAAGAAGCCUCGGGCCACUGCUGAGGCAAGCAACAGGAAAUGCCAACAAACCCUGGUGGAACUGGAGAGUGUCCUCAGCCACUUGGAGGGUCUCUUUGCCCGGACGCUAGUACCACGCGUGCUGAUCCUCCUGGGGGGCAAUGCCCUCAGUCCCAAGGAGUUCUAUGAGCUUGACUUGUCCCGCUUGGCCCCGAACAGCAUGGACCCGAGCCUGAGCACAGCAGCCUGUUUGCGCCGCCUCUUCCGGGCCAUUUUCAUGGCUGACGCCUUUAGUGAGCUGCAGGUUCCUCCACUUAUGGGCACUAUUGUCAUGGCCCAGGGUCACCGUGACUGUGGAGAAGAUUGGUUCCGACCUAAGCUCAACUACAGAGUGCCCAGCCGGGGCCACAAACUGACUGUGACCCUGUCCUGUGGCCGACCUGCCAUCCCAACCACAGCCUGGGAGGAUUAUAUUUGGUUCCAGGCACCAGUGACAUUGAAGGGCUUCCACGAGUGAAUGGGAUCGCUUCUUAAUUGUCAACACAGUGGCUAAAUUAUCUUUCCCCCACAGCACCAAGUCAGCCCAUCCCUUGCUUGAAGCUGGUUCCUUCCUGGUGAGAGGAGGGUUCUAUCCUGGCUGCCUGCUUCCCUUCCUCAGACUUCCCGGUGGGCUCAUGGUCUGCCUGGGGCAGUGAUGAUCAUCACUGAACAUGCAUCUCUUUGAAUCAAAGGCUGAUCUCCCCAGAGGGUGCUGUGGGUCAGGGGUUUCUUUUUGGGGUUGGAAAGCAAAACAUGUGCACACAGACAGACACCCCUGUGGAGGAGACCCUCUUUUGCUUUUUGCUGUGGCUUUUCGGAAUCUUUAACAGAGACAUAAUGUGAAUGUGACUCAUGAACUUAAAUCUAAAAUGAAUGGAUUCCUAUUCAGUUUUCCUUGAAGACUCUUUUGGCCUAAAGAGCCUUUUUCAGGCUUAAGGCUAGAGUGUUUUGUCUUUCCCCUUGGCCUCAUAUGCUCUGGGCUUCCAGAAUUUUUUUUUUUUACUAUUGGUUAUUUCUCUUCAUCAGCUCCAACCUAAUCUGGGAAGUUAAGGGAUGUGGCCAAGGUUCUGUAACACUUUGCUAUGAGAGCUGGGACUAGCGUCCUCAUCAGCUAACUCCUAGCCUGAUGGUCCUUCCUUGCCACAUACUGGUUUUUGUGAUCCUUAGAGCUUGUGCGCCUAAAGCAGAGGUCACACUGGGGAAGGAGGCUGAGAAAAGAAAACCGAGCUGGUGUUUGCAAAGCCUGAUUGAACCAUGGGCCAAGAUGCCAGGACUGCUCUGUAGGAUCACCUCCCUGAGGCCAGAUGUCCUUUCUGGAAUUCUGCCCAGCCUGUCUCCAUUGCACUUGUGUGGUGGCUGCGGGUAGUUACUGUUGGCAAUAUUGUCCUUAGGCAGAUCCCACCUCCUGCCUGUGGCUGUUCCUCCUCAGCUGCAUCUCUGGCUUGCCCGUCCUGAUCCUUGUUGUUGUCCUCCUGGGCUUGAUGCUCUCCUCACUACUCAAUAUUGAUGCUCUUUGUCCCUGA